CAAUGAGAAGUGCAUUGGAAUUACGAAAAGUGACGAGUUUUAUUGUGCAUAGUUGGACGAAGAUGAGGUUACCUGUUAUGUGGUUAUGACGCAGGUGGACAUAAAAAACCGUUUAAUGGUUUUGUUUAAUCUAUAUCAACACAAUUCAUACGCAUAAGAUAUGAAGAUAGCAGUAGAAGGUUGUGCGCAUGGAGAAUUAGAAAAAAUUUAUGAAGCAAUUGAGCAUCUACAGGAAAAAGAAAAUGUGAAGAUUGACCUCUUAAUAUGCUGUGGAGAUUUUCAAGCUACAAGAAAUGCUGAAGACUUGCAGUGCAUGGCUGUGCCACGAAAGUAUCAAUCAAUGUGUUCAUUUUACAAAUAUUAUGCAGGUGAAAAAGUGGCACCUAUAUUGACUAUUUUUAUUGGUGGUAACCAUGAGGCAUCUAACCAUCUCCAAGAGCUACCGUAUGGAGGGUGGGUAGCUCCAAGCAUUUACUACUUAGGUUAUGCCAGUGUUGUAAAUGUUGCUGGAGUUCGAAUAGGUGGUUUGUCUGGCAUAUAUAAAGGUCAUGAUUAUAUGAAAGGACAUUUUGAGAAACCUCCUUACACUGAAGAGACAAAACGAAGUGUGUACCAUAUAAGAAACUUAGAAGUUUUUCGCUUAAAACAGUUGCAGGAACCGAUAGAUAUAUUUCUGUCACAUGAUUGGCCAAGGGGUAUUUACCAACAUGGUGACACAAAGGAACUCCUUAAACGUAAGCCAUUUUUUAGCAGUGAGAUAGAGUCAAAUACACUUGGAAGCAAACCAUGUGAGGAGUUAUUACGUCAUCUAAAGCCGAAAUUUUGGUUUGCUGCACAUAUGCAUGUGAAAUUUGCUGCUAUCUAUCCCCACAACACAGUCGCUGAGGAAAAUGAAGAGAAGAUAACAAAGUUUUUAGCUCUGGAUAAGUGUCUUCCUAGACGGCAGUUCCUACAGGUCUUGGACAUCCCUCAUGACACCAACAAGCCUGUGGAACUAGAAUAUGACCUUGAAUGGCUGACUAUCCUUCAUGCUACAAAUCAUCUGUUAAGUGUAAAAAAGGGCAUACAUUAUAUGCCAGGACCUGGAAAUAAUGAAAGGUGGACUUUUGCUCCCACUACUGAAGAAAAGGUUAUGAUUCAAAGAAAAUUUGACGGUAAUCUUCGUAUCCCAUCAAACUUUUGCCGUACAGUAAUUCCAUUUGAUGGCAAUACAUUGUCAACAUCUAACAAUAGUCAGCAACCAUGUGCACGUGUAAACCCACAGACAACAGAGUUCUGUGAAAAAGUGGGAAUAGAUGAUCCAUUGGCUAUAUUGUUGAUGGCUAGUGAUGGUGUGUUAUGUGGAACAGAUUUAUACAGUCCAAAUAACAGCCAGCAUUCUAUUUCUUCACUACCAAGUUUCUUAACACCUGAGAAGCCAGGCGAUCUCACACAGGUGUCAUUAUCACCAGGCAGUGAAGACCUUACACAGGAUACUUUGUCACCAAGACCUGCUCGCUUGAGUCUGGUGUUGCCGAGUCCCCGGCACAGUGACGCUAACGAAAUAAUGGCAGAUGCAGAUGCAGAAACUGUGCAAAACAAUGGGAGUUGUUCUGCACAUCCUGUAGUGAAACGUGCCAGUUUAAUUCUUCCCAGUCCUCUUAGCAGUGAUGCAGAAGAGAAAAACGGUGAGAACUGUGGGAAGAGUCCAGAGGCUGACCGUGACAGUUUGUCUAAAGAUAUCCUGCAUGAAGAAAGCACUGCAGAUGAGGGCACAGAGAAAUCACCUCAACAAGUGAAAAAGUUCAAACGCCGAAAUGAAGCUUUUUAUGUUAGUAAUGUGGAUGAUGAAUAAUAGUGUACACUUAGAAUAAUCUGUUUUAUAUAUGACAUGAAAGUACAAAAGAAAUUGUGGUUUUAAAAAGAUUUUUGUAGUAUCCUAAAAAUAUUUUAUUGUACUUCUUUUUAUCUUCAGUCAUGCUAUAGCUAAUACGUCAUUUAAUGUGUACUGAAUGAAAAGCAUGUUUUGAAUUAAGGGGAAGCACUGAUCUCCGAAA